ACAGCUUCACGUGCUUUCGGAGGAUAAAAAGGGAAACAAGUUUGCCUCACAAAAAAGAUUGGCGGAGAUAAAAGGGGGUUCUGGCGCCGAUCAAACAACCAACUUAAGUUCGGACCAGUUGGUGGCUAACAAGCGACAGCAAAAUGUGGCGUGCAGCUCUUCUGUUAUUGGCUGCCAGCUUGUCUGUGAGCCUGGCCAGACCCCGCUUCCAUCCACUGUCUAGUGACAUGGUCAACUACAUCAACAAGCUUAACACCACUUGGAAGGCUGGUCACAACUUCAAAAAUGCCGACUACAGUUAUGUCCAGAAACUCUGUGGUACUAUGCUGAAGGGACCCAAGCUGCCAAUCAUGGUUCAAUAUGCAGGAGAUGUGAAGCUGCCUACAGAAUUUGAUGCCAGAGCGCAGUGGCCAAACUGUCCUACUCUGAAGGAGAUCAGGGACCAGGGCUCCUGUGGAUCCUGCUGGGCUUUUGGUGCUGCAGAGGCCAUCUCGGACCGCGUGUGCAUCCACAGCAACGCUCGCGUCAGCGUGGAGAUCUCCUCCGAGGAUCUGUUGACCUGCUGUGAGAGCUGUGGCAUGGGGUGUAAUGGUGGUUACCCCACAGCUGCUUGGGACUUCUGGACUAAAGAGGGACUGGUCACUGGCGGUCUCUAUGACUCACAUGUUGGUUGCCGGCCCUACACCAUCCCUCCCUGUGAACACCAUGUUAACGGCACCAGGCCCCCCUGCACUGGAGAGGGUGGCGACACUCCUCAGUGCAUCAAUCAGUGUGAAUCUGGUUACACACCCAGUUACAAAAAAGACAAGCACUAUGGUAAAACCUCAUACAGUGUGGAAGCAAAUGAGAAUCAGAUUCAGACCGAGAUUUACAAGAAUGGUCCAGUGGAAGGCGCCUUCAUGGUCUAUGAAGACUUCCCAAUGUACAAAUCUGGGGUGUACCAGCAUGUGUCAGGCUCUCUUAUUGGCGGACACGCUAUCAAGAUCCUGGGGUGGGGAGUGGAGGAUGGAGUCCCUUACUGGCUGUGUGCAAACUCCUGGAACACAGACUGGGGGGAUAAUGGGUACUUUAAAAUCUUGCGUGGAUCUGAUCACUGUGGGAUUGAAUCUGAGGUUGUGGCAGGAAUCCCCAAAUAAAAGGUUUGCUGCUGAAAUAGAAUUGCAUCGCCACCAGAGGGCAGCACACUCCACUGCCAUAAAAGAGCAAUUUUGUUUUUUUUUGUUUUUUACGUUGUAUCACUUUACAUUUUACAGCACAACAAUAACUCUAAGCUUCAACUCCACGAAGAUUAAUUUGCAGAUGUGACCUCAAAACCAUGUGCCUGUGCAGAAACUGACUUAGCAGGUGUCAACUCCUAGAACAGUGUAAAGGUGUUGUCUGCAUUUUUCAGCAUGAAUCAGCUGCUUUUAGGUAGAAUGUUGCUGUCAAAUAUAUAUUUUUAAUUUGUUGCAAAAUUUGAAGUCUUGGCCAUUGUAGAGCAGCAGCAGCAAAGCAUAGCCAGUUUACGAAGUGGACUGUUUGUGCCUGUUGGAGGGUGGGGUGGGGGGGGGUACCUUUUUCCUUUAGAUGUACGAAUGGGACACUUGGCUAGAAUUUGUAUUGGCACAAUUGUUUUGAAUUUAAAUAAAUUGGGC